AUGGUAUCGAACGAGCAUACUGGUGAGAAUAUGACGCCCUCAAAUCGUGCUACGACAACUGAGGCUGCCCUUACUGCUGAGCAGAACUUUUCAGCAAAGAACUACCAAUCCCUUCCCAUUGUCUUCGCCCGCGCCCAAGGAGCCUCUGUCUGGGACCCGGAGGGAAAUCACUAUCUUGAUUUCCACUCAGCCUCCACCGCUCUGAAUCAUGGACAUUGCCACCCAAAGCUUGUAGCUGCCCUUGUGGAGCAGGCUUCGCGACUGACGCUUACUUCUCGUGCCUUUCACAAUGAUGUAUACCCCAAAUUUGCCGAAAUGGUGACCAAGCUAUUUGGCUAUGACAGAGCCCUACCUUCUAGCACGGGUGCAGAAGCCUCAGAGACGGCCAUUAAAGUUGCACGGAAAUGGGCUUACAAAGUCAAGGGUGUGCCUCGGGACCAGGCUAUUGUUCUAGGUGCCGCGGGAAACCAUCAUGGACGAACACUCGCAUCAAUUUCCCUAGCCUCGGAUAAUAUGUCGCGUGAAAACUAUGGCCCGUUGGUGCCUAAUAUUAGUUGCUCAAUCCCGGGGACCGACAAGUUGAUCACGUACAACGAUAAGGCGGCAUUGCGGGAGGCGUUCGAGGCAGCGGGCUUCAACCUGGCUGCAUUUGUGAUCGAGCCAAUCCAAGGAGAUGCGGGUGUUAUAGUUGCAGAUGAUGAUUACCUCCGAGAGGCUCGAGCGCUCUGUGACAAGCACAACGUCUUGUUGAUCUGCGACGAAAUCCAGACUGGUAUUGCACGAACGGGCAAGCUACUCGGUCAUUACUGGAGCGGGAUCAAACCCGACAUGGUGAUCUUGGGAAAGACUAUGACCGGUGGCAUGUACCCCGUCUCCUGCGCCUUGGCUAACGAUGAUGUGAUGCUCACGGUCGAGCCCGGCACGCAUGGAUCGACUUACGGUGGGAAUCCGCUGGGGGCGGCAGUUGCUAUGCGUGCUCUCCAGGUUGUUGAGGAGGAAAACUUGGUCGAGCGGGCUGAGCAUCUUGGAAACCUUCUUAGAGCGGGUCUGAAAGCUAUUCAGGCUCAGACCCCCGUUAUCGAGACGGUUCGUGGCCGGGGCUUGCUCAACGCCUUUGUCAUUGACCAAACCAAGGCCAACGGACACACUGGCAUAGAGCUGUGCGAGCUCAUGAAGGCGAAGGGGCUUUUGCUCAAAUCCAGCCGAACAGGCGUCAUUCGCAUUGCUCCUCCUCUCGUCAUCACGGAGAGUGAGAUUGAGCGGGCACUAGGAAUCAUCAAGGAUUCCAUCGACGAACUAGUCAACAGCUCCUUUAAAACCAUCUAG